AUGGCACUUACUUUACUGCGACAAAAACACGAGCUAACGAAACCACUUCCGCUUCCUCUUUUUUCCCUUUGUUUUUCCUUUCCCUUCCACCGCUUUGUUUUUAUAGGGCCGGCGACGCCGAGAGAAUGGCGUUCUCAAGAGGGCGUACGCGGACGUCAUCCUGAACACGAUGAAGAGUCGGCCGUCAGGAUUUUGGCGGCGGAGCGCCGGACGCUACAGUGGAAGCAGAGCUCGUCGCUCGUCAAGGAAGAUUCUGUUUCCCUAAUUCUUCGACUCAAGGCUCUCAUGGACUCUAGGAUUAAAGAGACAGAAUCAGUAAACUUAUCACAAGCAACAAGAAUUCAAGAGCUUGAAGUUCAGCUCCGCGAGGCGAACCAUACAAUUCGUCGUUUAAAUUCUAAACUGCAGAAUGUUAGUUCUGAACUGGAGACCCAGAAGAGUGAUAAAAGUGAGUCUCUACAAGGUAAAGACACAGAUGAUCGCAUCAGUUUGCAGAAAAAUAACCCUGAUGAAGCUGCAUCGAGUCAGGAAACUGUACCUCAUAGCACCUAUGCUAAAUAUUCAAACCAAAAGGAGCCUACAAAAGAUUCGACUGCAUCUGAUGAUUCUACUGGCAUUCCUGAUUUAGUGUCCUUGAUAUUGAGAAACAAGGAGCCAGAGCCUUUUAGGAAUGAAAUGUGUUGGAGUGAAAUGUGUUGACUGAUAGAGAUCUGCCUGCUGAAAGACAAUGCCCAGACCUUUAAUGUAAAGCAAGAAGCUGCAAUAUGUGAGAAUGAACUAGAUGAAAAGUACUGGAUUGGAGACCUAAUCCUGGCAGCCGAAAUGCUAAUAGAGGUUGCAAAAUCACUUGAUUCAGAAGAAGCACACUUGAUUCAGAAGAAGCACAACAAGGAAACAAAUUCGAAAUCAACACAGUGUUUGGUUUGUACUCAGCGUUUGGUUUGUCCCAUUUUCAUUUUCAUUUUCAGAAAACGCGUGUUUUUUGUUUUUUAGAAAAUGAC